CUCUCCCUUUCAAUGUUGACUGCAAGCUUUAAAUCACCACAACGCAAACGAUGGAAGAAAGAUGAAUUAAUUGGAAUAUUUUUUUCCAAUAUGGGAAGAGAUCUGCAAUCGGUUGCGCUGUGGUGAAAGAAUGGGAAGGAUGGACUUGGUCUUCUUUUCAUUUUACAAGAAUACGCUUCGAAUUGUAGCAAAAUUACUGUUUCAAUAUCCUAUUUCAAGAAAUUCUUUUGAGUAGGGCAACGUGCAACAACAAGGACAUAGAAAGCAAAAGAAGUUAUUUAAAAUACAAAUUGCCCCUUCUUCUGUGGUGUUACAUUUCAUCUGGCUAAUUUUACUCAUUCGCAUUAUUUUUGGAAACCUUUCGGACACAGUUGACAAUAAAAAUGGAAACACAGUUUGAGAGAAAAUCACCACUGUCCUAAAUAAAAUUGCAACCUUUGUGUUUACCGUACUUAUUUACAAAGUCAUCACAAUGAAAUCAAUACCAAUUGAUAAAGAGUAUAUCAUAAUCAGAAAUAACAAUGUCAAUCGAAUCUUCCUAUCUAAACUUUCUUUGAGCAUAAUCAGCCAUUGUCACUGUUUUCCCAUAAACUUGAAGGUCAUGUUGCUCAAGGUACUUUAUGGGCCAAAUAAACACCUGGAGAUGGAUAUCAUUUAUGGUUUUGCCUCCUUUUUUUCUAUAUAUAUUCUCAAUAUGCUCAUUUAUUUCGAUGUAGGUAAACAAUAUACAAAGGAAGCAUUUUAUUAUGUUUCAAUUCCCUCUCCUUAUCUACAAUGAG